AUGGCCGCGACCGACGGUCAGAUCGUGGUUGCGGCGGCACGAUGGGCCGAGGAAGCGACGUACCUGCGCGAAUUCGUUUCCAAGUAUCGUCUGCCGGCGGUGAUCAAGAUCACGAAGGGCCAGUAUGGCGGGCUGGGUGUGCCGACCUUACCCGCGCCCAGUCUGCAGAGUACGGCGCUGCUGGUGUCCGCGGGACGUCGACGAAAAAUCGUGGCCCAAGCGGUGAAGAUCAAGGAGGGGCGCAGGGUAGUGGGCGUGGGCCCCAGAUUGGCGAUCCCGGACUCGUACGCGGGCUACUUCGAGAUCCUGAGCGAGGAGGGUAGAGCGGUGAGGGGCAUCGAGUCGGUGAACGAGCUGUGUCGACGCUGCCCGGACGAGGGAGCCCUGGUGCGGGAGACGGUGCGCGGAAUCGCCUGCAGAGUGGACGACGAUUCGGGGAUAGUGGUCCCGGAGGGCACGAGGACCCUUGCAGCGGGCGAGACCAUCGUGACGGCGGGCGAGGUCAGCUUGCCGGGCCGCGGUAGAUUUCUGCGGUGCGUCGACUGUCGGGGCGAUAGCGUUCUGCUCGCGAUGGACCAGCGGGGACGCUUCAGCGCGCUCGCGCGCGAGGACAACAUCAGCGGCGUCCACACGGCCAGAGCACUGCUGAGCAAGCGUCUGCCAUUGACCGUCAGACUGGUGCACGGUCAGCCGCCCAGGGGAUUGAAGUCGUCCUCGCAGUUCGUCCCGGAGCUCAGGCUGCUGUCCACGUUCGAGGAAGAGCACGUGUUCGCGUUGCCGCUGCAGAGAGAGGGCGCCGCGGUCGCGUUGCCGCUCGCCGCUCCGCUGAAGCUGGUCAAGGCGAGGAACGAGGAGGCGCUCAGGUCCAUGCAGGAGUUCACGAGGCUCGUGGAGCGCGCUUCACGCCUCGUCGCUGAUGUGGCCGACCGCGCGCACGUUCUCGACGGCCGUCUGGGCGAGAGCAAGCCCUCCAGGCAGACCAGAAGCGGAUCCGGAUUUCUCAGGCGGUCGUCGACCAAUUCGGACAACGGUCCGCUCAGCCACCACAGGAACAACGCGAGCCAUCAUCAUCAUCACCAUCAUUAUCACAGCAAUGGGCACCAGGCGUCCUCGGGUCACGCGGGAUACCGAGACGAGAACCGCGUACCGCCCUCGGCCUGCACCGAGGAGUACGACGAGAUCGAUCAGAUCUACGACUACGUACGUGGGUUUGCGCCUCUACCCAAGAGCGUCAGGUCACCCUACGAGAGCCCGCUGCCCGGGACACAGGGCUCCAGCCCGCCGUUGACGCCCGUCACCGUCACGAUCGCGCCCCUGCUGGACGAUAGACCGGAACCGCCGCCCAUAGAGACGAUACCGACCAAGAAGAUCCAGGCGGAGAAGAGGACGAGGCGCGCCGUCAAAGAGGCCCCGCAGCCCAGAGUCGAGAAGCCGCCAUUAGCCAAGCUGUACGUGAAGAACAGCGGCACUCACAGGGGACGCCCGUUGAUGAGGCAAAAGAGCGCGUCGCCGUUGAAGGAAACGCCGCCGGGUUACAAGGGUGGCUCGCCGCUUUUCAACAUCCGAUACAAGAGCCUGACGAACCUCCAACAGGCCAUGGAGCUCGACGGGACGCUAGACUCCAGCCAUUCCGGGGGUAGAACUUCGGGGGACUCCGGUGCUGGUGCUAAGCUGCCGGAAAAAAGAUCGCGGCGUUUGAGCAGACCGCGUUCGCUGACGAAUUUAGUGUGGGAGCUCCGCGGCGGAAGUGGUCUUGGCUGCACGAGACCGGAAACCCCUCCACCUACCACAGCAGCACCAUUGCCUCCGACUAAAUGCGGACCACGUCUGGCUGUCACCGUGGUGGCACCCCGACGUGUCGGCACGCUCUACCUCUAACUCAUUCGAACCGACGAAGGGCUGAAGAAGGCAAAGAGCGGCCCGGAUGGGGCGCCAUGGAUCUCCGAUGUCUUCGACUAAUCAAAACUCGUAGCCAGAGCUCAAGCAACAACGCGGAGACGGACCACGGUCCGUCGACGAUCCCACCAUUUGUCCCUUUAAUUAAUUCACCGCGACAGCCAUUCGAAUCGUAGCUUUCGAACAACGGGGCGAACCAUUUCGACGUGGUCGCACUUUUCUGCGAGAAAUUAAAGCAUGCGCACGCGUGAACGAGCUAGAGAACAGAGAGAGAGAGAUGCUGCGUGCUUUUCAGCGAUUGUCUGAGCGAAUUAUCUGAAUGAACAGAGAAAGAAGGUUUGCGAAACGCUCGUCGCGCGGGGGUAACGAAGACCUACGGUAGUUCCCUCUUUCAAGAAACGAAAGCGGGGUAGCAAUUUUUGUCCGAGGAGAUUCCGUUGCUCGAAUCCGGGGUUAAAAGUGUUGCAUGAAAGCGGCAAUUACUGUAUCUAGACGGAAGAAGAAGGUUACGAUCAGAAGCAAGAGGCCUCUGUGGAUGCUAAGUCCUGGUUCUGUUCUCGAAGAUGGAAUGAACUGUCGAUGAUGCAACAAGAGGAAACGGAAAAAAAGCAAUUGUUCCUUCAGAUCCUCCUACAGAAGGCUUUAGAGAACGGUUGCCUUCGCGUGAAAGGUGUAAGAAAUUAUUCAAAAUAAACUUUGCAACUACAGAGCGCCUCUUGCGAUCGGUGUUCAACCCCAGGUUCGAUUCCUUGGCGGGGGUUGGGAGCAAGCUCGACGAAUUUAGCGAUCGAAACGAUUGUAACAGCGGGCAGGAUGACGCUGACGUGAAAAGCGAAGAGGGUCCAUCUCGAUCCGGCGAGAUUGCACGCGAGCGUAGAGAGGACUUUACGGAUCACGAGACUGCUUCUCAGGAAGGGGAAAAAUCGACGGGAGAAUUUGAACGAACGUGGACGUGUAGCCGUCGACUUCGGGGGGGCGUAGAUCUCGUGACGUAGUGAUCACAGAAUCGCCAAGGCACGCUAACUUAGCAGAGCGAUAUUCCACGCUGAAACGCGCCGUUAGUUUAAUCUACUAGGGAGCGUAAGUUAAGGAUACGAAUGCCAUAAUAAUGACCAAGUUCUGUGGUUGUACUUAAGUCAUACUUUUACACUUUACUGUUUACAUUAUUAAGGGCUAAUUAAGUACGUAAGUUGCAUAAUAUUCCAUUGACGGAGUGUCUUGUAUCGAGUUAAUGUUAGGCCUCUGUUUCUGUUUUUUUUUGUCGUCGUUUGCAUCGAUGGUUCCGGGGAAUCCCGCGAAGCGCUCGUCGUACUCGCUGGUUGGAAAUUCGACGAGAAGAGAUAUUUGUGCCUUUUGAAGAACGCUACACGAGAUUGAUGUAUCUUUGCGUAAGAAUUGAUUUUAAUCCUCGACCGGCGAAACAACCCACGCUGUGCCUUUGUAGCUCUCCGAUCGGUUACGAUAGUCCUCCGUCAGAGUCUACGCGUACCCUAACCUCGAAACGUAUCGUCAGCUAGGAACUCCUUGCAUCGAUUUUUAUAGCCCCCUCCGCGCCAACAAUCGCGUAACGAGUAAUUCCCUAGCGCCGGUCGAGGAUCCAGCGAGUCGAUGUGGCGAUUUGCGCUAAUCGUUGCAUUUACAUCCGUCCCGGCGAUCCCAGGAACGUCGACGAAGGCCUGUGACACCCGAAAGAACCGCUUAACGAACUCUUUAUCGGAAGUCAGGUAUCGAGACCGCCUGUCGGUUAAUGGUCCCGGCCACACGACGCGCUCUGGACCUUGGUCUCACUUUUGUGAUUAUUAUUUAAGUACAUGUUAAGCGUAUGUUAGGCUAGGUUAGGCUUUUUACAAUAUUUCCUUUAUGUUCUUGAGAAAUUUUCGUUGUCCUUCUUUUCUCGCCCGAGAACAAAUCGCACGUGUAUCCUUCACGACCGGAUAAUACAUCGAACGCCCGACAGAUGGCGCGUAGUUUCGCGGAACCCAAGCGAGAAAAGAG